CAGAAUACUACCCUUCAAUUCCUGUUUUUUUUAUUUAUUAAUUGUUUUACACAUUAUUUCAUUUACCAAUAUUUUUAUGAUGAGACUAUUUAAAAGGGUUUAUAUUGGCGCUGUAUUUGCCGCCGCCAUCUCCGCUCAGAUUGAUAGUGCACAGCCCAACGAUACUGUUGUCCUGGAAGACUUUAUAUCGGCUGUCAGCGCUGUAGACACAGCUUCCGACGCGGUGAACUCGCUAGUGCAGACACUGUCCACCACAAUCGAGGGAGUAAAUACAGGAACAUCAGUCCUGUCGCCAAGUGCGCCACAAUCAGCUGGAGCAGACGCCACUAAUUUCCCCGCAGAAUCUACUGCUGUAACACCAUUGUUCUCUAAAGAAUCCGUGUCACCUAUUGCCCAGGAAGCUUCCGAGGCAACAGAAGGAACAGAAGGAACAGAGGCAACAUCACUGCUCAGCCAGACUUUGCCUGCAGAUCGGUCCUCAAUAGAGACUGUUGUGACGGAGCGCACGCAAGAGACAGGAGUGGUUUCAACUGUCAAAACUGAGACGGUAUCAUCGGAUUUUUCGAGCGAAACCAACACAGAAUCACCCCAAGCUAGCAUCAGCACCGUGGCAGACACAGCUUCAGAUUCAGAUUUGGAUCAUGAUUCGGAUACCGAUUCAACAGCAACAACAGCAGCAGCAAUGACGGAUUUUUCUGAAACUGAAAUAUCAGCAACCGAAACGACCGAAGCAGAUGAAAUCGAGGAAGAUACCACAGAGAGCGAAUCAGUAGUUGUGACCAGUGAUACCUCCAGCUCAGCUGGCUCUACAACAACAACUGAUGAUCCAACCACAUUGCCGUCAUCGUCCUCAUCUCCAUUGUCAUCAUUGUCAUCAUUUUUGCCUUCAUCCUCGGUAUCUUCGUCACCACCAACUUUCAUAAUAAGCACCACUAGCACGAGCAGCAGCACUUUUAGCCCAACACCGACAUCUAUCUCGUCGCCUGCGCAGCCCUCAUCAACCACGCAGUCGCGGACCAAGCACACAGUCGUUGAAUUUGUCACCACCUUUGUCGAUGGAACGCUGAGCGUUAGCAAGGUUACUAAAACCAAUGAUGCUAAGCCUAGCACGACAAUCAGAAAUGACAUCGACGAGGACAACGAUGACGAUAACGAUGGCAUAAUCACAUCGACGAUUACAGAAGACGGAGAGAUCAAGGUCAUUAUCAAGACCAUUUCAUCCAAUGAACCCGCUUCGUCUGACUCAUCGUGCUGUGCAAGGAUGUCUGGCACGUCUUUUGCAAUCGCGCUGAUCGCAUCCGUCUUUGGCGUUUUUUCGGCAACAUUGGUCUGAAGAAACACAGCUGUUCUUUAAUAGAAAAAUAAAUUAUUCAUGCAAAACUAGAUGCUU